AUGGACGAUCAGCCACCGCCGCGAAAGAAGUCCCGCUUCUUCGCGAAUGGGAAGAGCAGAGUUGGCAAUCUUCUUCAUCCUUUCAAGAAAGGCCCCUCUCAUGGAGACCGAGGCAAUUCCGAUCAAUCUACCGAUGAGCCCAAUCUUCUGGACAACAGUGGCACUGCCUCCCCCUAUCCUCCAUCACGUGCUGUCGCCGAGCCACCUCCACCCAUUAAUACCACUUCUCGUCGCCCAAGACAAGGACAUACAGCUUCGAAUCCUUCCCGAGAGAGCGAGCCGCCUCAGAAUGAUAAUGGUGCUUCUCGAUUUCACCACAGAAGAGAAGUUGUGGUUCCAGAUAGUGAAGAAGAUACCGACAUUGAGAGUGAGCAUGUCGAUGGCCGUCACGAAGUAGCGGAUCCAAGUGACCAAGAAAACAGCUCACCAUCUCACGAGGAUGGAGACACACCAGGCCUUGACAGAUUGACAGUUAGACCGAAUAGACCAAGAGCCGUCUACGGCGUUGAGCAACUCUUACCGCCAGGCUCAAAUGCAUACAUCUCUACAUUCGGUGCUGUCCAACCUUCAAGCUCCAACUCUCGAGCAGUGCGUGAAGACGUGCCAUUGCUCCAACAAGGUCUCGAAACACAGCGGGCGCCGUUUACAUUUCGGGCCGACCAAACAAUGUCUGAUUUUCCUGCAAACCAGAAUCCCGCACGGCCCAUCGGUCAACGACUAGCACAGAUGUCCCAACAUGCCUCUCAGCAUCACGAUACCGGUCCAUUGGGGCCAUCAAUCCAGCCAUCGCGGGCUGUCCCUCCCACAGCGAGAGCGCAAGGGUACAUUGACACAGAUCGAGAUGGCUUCGGACGGCUGCUUCCAGACAAUCAACGAUACGAUCUCUUCGCAAAUGGAGCUCGACCAAUCAAUCUCCCAAAUACAGGCAUCACCAGCCUUCCCUUCAAAACUGGUGGUUCAAGAAAUAUCCACCAGCAGCACGCCAUAAACCCCGAUGCCCUGGUCCCAGAUAACAUGUACUCGUCACCGGGCCGGAUCGAGCGCGCCAAAAACUAUGCACGGAUCUCGCGAAAACGCAAGAGACCAGACGCCAUCCUGCCUCCACCAGCGUAUGUGUACAAGCGCACUGACAACCCAAACUUCAACAUCCUAGACGCACUCCUCCUGUACCCGGAACUAGUCUUCGCGUUCGCCUCCGUCCUGCCAGUCAAAGACCUCGUCAAUCUGUACGCAAUCAGCAGAGACUUCCACACCAUCAUUGACACACGCUUCACGACCGUCAUCCUCAGCCAAGCGCUCUCCAAAGCGAGGGAGAGUGCCCGAAUCUUCCAAUUCCGCUGCUACGAACACCUCUGCCGCAGCGACCCAGCGGCACGCGUUGCUCACCCGAACAUACGCCUCGCAGAGCAAAACAUCCCGCGAAAGAUUCCGUCCUUCCGCUGGCUGAAGAUGAUCCUACAUCGCGAGAAAGUGAUCCACGAGCUGAUGGCGGUGUUCGCCGAAGACGGCAUCCCACUCCCACACCGCUGCCGCCUUGCCUUGAAGCGCAUCUGGUUCCUGAUGGAUGUCCCAGACAAUGCGCGGCGCAUCGGGUUUGUGCACAACAAGCAUUUCCUGACAGACCUGGACCUGUAUUUCGCCGCCUGCUUCUUCACGAAACUCGACAUGCGGCUCAACGACCCGACCUCAGGCGAGAAGCGCGACGGCAUGAGAAAGCUGCUGCUCGCGCAGCACGGUUUCACGACGAUUUUGCGCGUGCUGAAGCGCGAGAUGUGGACGACACGCUUUGAGCUAAUGCGCGAGUGGAUCAAGUACACAUACCAGCCGGCGCCGGACGAGGGCGGGCUACCGAUCUUCGGUGUCCCAGCAGCAAGGGUCGGAAGAGGACGUCUCGAGUACUGGGGCAUGAAGGGCGAAGAGGAUCUGCAUCGGUCGCCUGAGCCACUUCUGCGGCCUGAUCAGCUGGUCGUGCGCGAGGCGUUUCGCCGUGGGUUCCGAUUCGAUAAGCAUUAUGUCCGCUUCAUGAUGUACGGCUACGUCCGCCCUGAUACGCUGCAGGACUACGCGCCGAGACAGUAUGGACGACGGAUCGCCGAGUUGAGGGAGGAUGAGUACGAGGUCGAUGAUAUCGUCGGGGGUGUGAGGGCCCUGGGUCUCGGUGAUGAGGGACAUGACCCCCUCCUUGAUCUCGGACAACCGAAUCGUGGAAGUGUUUUUACGAUUGUCAAAGAGGCUACUAGUCAGGGUGAGUUGCGGAAGAGAGAGGCGUCGCGGAAGAUGGCGAAGAUGUGCCGUGAGUGGUGGCUCCACGAGAUGAAGGAAACCGGGAGGUUCGUUGAAGAUGACAUGAUGGCUGGCUCUGAUGAGGCUGGAGAUGGAGAUGGAGAUGGUGAUGAUGAAGACGACGACGACGACGAUGGCGACGACGAUGAUGACGACGAUCACGGUGAUUACGAAGUCGAGGCCGAAAGGGGAGCUUAG